GCGGGCUGGUGCCGGUGGCCGCAGCUCCCGCGGCUGGCGCUCUGUUGGCCGCUGGGCCCGUGGGCGUCCCCGCACCCGCGGCCGCCGCGCCCGCUGCCGCGGCCGUUGCGCCCGGAUGGCCUGACCUAGGGGCAGGCGCCCUGGCGAAUGCUUUCGCCGCGGUGGCGGCGGCCCCUGGCGGCGACGCGCGGAUGCAGGCCAUCGUCUUGGACUCCCAAGGGGUCCGCUACGUCGACUUCAGGACGGCCGUAAUGAGGAUGCACGAGUUACCUUGGCAUGACUGGCCGCUCAAGGGCCCCAGAACGUUGUUGUGGGUGCUGAACUACAUCUGCCGGAACGGUGGCACACCCCUCGGUCGCCACACCAAGUGGAAGGCCGAGGCCUACCUGGACGACGAGGACCCGGGGGUAGACGUGCACCUACUGUGCUGCAGGCUGUUGGAGUUCGGAGUCGUGUAUGAUCAGACUCAUGCGACCAAUCUAGCUUCUAUGGAACUGGUCGGCCGCACGCUGCAGACCCAGGAGGAGCUGUACCGCGACAGGUUCGCGCCCACGUCCGAGCACGGGAACGACGCUGCGCUGCUGUCCGGCGUCCAGGACGCGGGCAGCGGCAUCUGCAUGGCCCCGGCGCUGCGCGACUGGCUGGCCGCCGAGAAGUCGCGCGAGGCGGCGAUUGCCAAGGAGCGGCGCAAGGCUCGCGAGGAGCGUGCCUUGGCCGCCGGGACCGGCGCGGCCGUGGCCGCGGCGGCCGAGGCCGUGGGCGACGGGGCCGUGGGGGCGGCAAUACCCCAG